AUGUUUAUGCAUUGCGACAAUCAAGCCACUAUCUUCAUUGCCGACAAUCCCACCUUUCAUGAGCAUAUGAAGGACAUUGAGAUCAACUAUCACUACAUUCGAGAUAAGGUUAUAUCUGGACGUAUCUCUACUCCUGAUAUGACAUCAUCUCAUCAACUUGUGGACGUCUUCAUGAAGAGUCUAACCGGCAUCUCAUACGACGCCACAUGUACCAAGUUGGAUAUGUUUGACUUAUAUGCUCCAACUUGA